GGCAAAGAAUGCAUUUAUCGCGUCAUACCAUUUUCGCCACAACAAAAACACACAACCUUCCCGUUCCCAAGCGACACACAGCCCCCGGGAGGGCGCUCGUUGGAAUGCGUUUUGCUGGCGGCGGCAGCGGCGGCGCGGUACAGUACUGUUGAAGUUGUAUAGCACAACCAUCAACGCAAACGUGGCCAUUUGAAGUAACCAAAAAAAAAAGGAAAAGAAACAAACACGUAAAUCAAGCAACAAAAAAAAGAAGCUGGAAGGAAGUUAAAACCACUACACACACACACCUGCACAGCAGCGCGGGUUAUGCGCAGGAUUUUGUUUGUUUGUUUGGGAGUAUGUGUGUGUGUGUGUGUGUGAGGCCCAGACGAUCGGAUCCUUGGCCCAGCCGAAUGGGAAGACUACGCUAGUGAAAUGCAGAAAAAAAGGGCAACUCGAUUCGAUCGAUCCGGCAAGUUACGCGACGGGCAGCACAGCCACCGUGUGAUACGAUCUCAAUUUCGCUUUCCGGGCGGAACUGGAGGGAGUCUGGCGACCGGCCGGCCACCGCCUCGAUGGUUCUCGCUAAACGCAAACACGAACACACACGCACACACGCACACGGCUGCACACACCUCGCGAGUUAUCUUUAAGGCUUCUCAUCAGCAUCUUCAUCAUCAACCACCCAACUCCGUUCACACCAUUGUCGUGGGUUACUAUCGUGUAUGUGUGUGUGCGUGCGUGUAUGUGUGCUCAAAAGUGCCAACAGUUAUGAAGCUGCUUUGCCCGUUUUGGGGCCGGGCCGUCUUGGCGUCCCAAACUGGUUACGCGCUCAUCCCAGAAUCAUCCCCCAGACUCCACCAACCGCCUUCUUCUCCUCGCCAUCUGCUCCCAAAGGGUCCCACGGGCACGGGCGAUGAUGCCGUAACGCGCUGCUGUGCUACGUAAGCGAUAUUUAAUUUCUACUAAAACAAUUAGACCAUCAACCAUUGCGUUAGCUUAUUACCGGUCGCAAACCGGUACGCAAAACUCUCAGCACAACAAGUGCAGGAAACCGCAUAGGCCCGCAAUACACACGCGCACACACCCAUUGGAGCAAUAGUGCGGUGUGCUGAUGCGCGGUCGAGGUAGUUGUGUGCAAAAAUCCCCCGGAUAUACCGUGUAAAGUAAUAGUACUAGUGGUAAGGAAAGCAAAAGCGAAAGCAACAACUAAGGACGUACACGUAGACCUAAACCUACAACAAAUGUGAAUAUCAGAGAGAUAGAAGGAAGAAGAAAAACAAGUUAGAGCAACAAAAGAUAGAAUAAGGAUAAGCAAUCGAAAGUGUAUAUAGGAGAAAAAAGCAUCACACACACACCCCUCUACACCUAAGGAACGCAUCUUAGAGAUUAAUCUAACGCAAUGUGUACACACUCAUAAGCAUACACACACGCAUACACACAAACACACACAUGCCUGCACAAUUAAUGGAUAUUUGUUUCGAGAAAUAUUAGACGUUACCAAUUUGUACAUGUGAAUAUGCGAAUGACGCAUUAACACUACAAUUAGUACUACCUUACCCUUUACUUUUACCUAUUUUAUCGGUUUUAUCAACAAAGCAACGCAAAACGCCUUCUGAUCAUUUGACACGAUCACUUUAAUUUUUUGAAGCUUUUGCAAAAGCGCUUGCAAGCUAAACAGAUGGCGCUGCAAUCGCCGGCGGAAGGUGGGAAACUGUUUUUGAUUUGAUUCCAAUUGUAUGCUAUUUUCUAAACCAAUAGCAAUAAUGCCAUCCGUUUACAGCGAAUUAAUACUUCCUCCUAUAACAACAACAACAAAAAACAAUCUCCCCCCUCGCCAUAUACGUACAGUUCCCAGUCGCGCGGAGAACGUAACGCAUUUCGUAACGCAUUCGCGUAAAAAAAACCUUAUCAAAUAGUGUAAAAAUAGUUUCUUCCACUUAUUAAGGCCGUACGACUACAAUGAACAUCCACCAUGUGCAUGUAUGUGUGUGUAUGUGUGUGUUUGUGUGUGUGUGUGACUGUGUAUGCGCGUGUACAUUAGGAGAAGCAAAAAAGGAAAAAUCAGAGUAAGCGGGGCGGCGUUACAUCGCGUUACGCCCUUGUAACGCUUCAGAAGCGCAUCGCUGCGAAAAUCACCAGACAUCAACGAAUUUAAUUAACGAUAAAAAAGAAAGCAUACACACACACACCCACCCACCCACAUCAUGUAAAACGAGGCACGAGAUUAUGAAUGGUAUCCUUUCGUUAACGUUAGAUGGAUAAAGUAAGGCGCGAUGCGAGUGAGCGAAUAAGCAAGUGAACAGAGCGAGCGGUAGGGCACCAGUGGGCAGUGUGUGUAAGUACGAUUUAUAUUAAAUUCAAACCCCGAAUGCGGGAAUGUGAAACCAUCAAGAAGGGAUGAAAGGUGGGAUGUUGGGAAAAAAAUGGGAUCGAAUAGCGGAAAGCUGAAACACACAUAGAAAGAUAGGGAAACAUAGAAAACAAAAAAUGCACAACCACAACAAAAAAGAAAGAUCAUACAAAGGAUCAAUAUCUAUACAGGGUGAAUAGUUUGGUUGUUACUUUAGCUCCGUGCGCACGUUCCGGCAGGCAAGCUCAAAAACAAAACAAAACGCAUUUAGUUGGUGUGUGUGUGUGUGUGUGCGGGCAGGUGUAUGGGAAAAUAUACAGUUUUGUUACAACUUUGUAGAAGCAUUUCAAAUCUCAAUUCCCACCGCACUCCACUACGAGUCGAUCAGUCGAACACACUUCAGCGUGUGUAGGAAUAGAAAUGGCGAGCAGCGAUCGUACAAUUAUUUGUGCUGCCGCCAGAAGUAACGUCAACCAGAGCGCGAUGGAAGUGAUCCUCCCACCUUCCCCAUUUCACAGUACAUCCUUCACCUUCUCCCGGGGGUUUCUCGCGCAUCUUAGAUUGUAGGGUUUUAGCUGUAAAAAAAACAACAACAACAACAACAGAAACUGCUACCGUUUGGUGUAAUGUUAUUGUAAUAAUGAUGUCGUGUAAUAAUUGCUUAAGGCCAACCAAACCACAGGCAAAGCUUUUUUUUUGUUUAACUUAGGUACUUUUACUACUAUUAUUGCAGUAAUUAAUGUAAUGAAAAUUAUUAUUAUUAAAAUUAUUAAUUAUUAUUAUUAUUAUUAUUAUUAUUAUUGUACUAGCUACCAGUAAAUUUUAUUUUAGUUUCAAUUUGUUUCCCCUCCAUCCCCUCGUACCCAAUUUACAUUAUAAGGAUCCACUUCCCUUCCCCCUCCCCUCCUUUCCCUCUCCCAUCGCAUCAUUGCACUGUUACCCUUCCAUCUGAAAACGGCCCCAAAACCACAACUUAUGUACGAAAGGUUCAGUGUUUUCUAUUGAACGUGUUACAGGGUGAAUUUAAAAAACAAACAAACAAACAAUGCAGUGGAAACGUUAAUCCACAUGCAUUACGAGCUCUAAAUGUGUGCGAGUGUGUGUGUGUCUGGGUGCGGGUAUGUGUGUGUGCGUAUGUGUGAGAGUAUGUGAAAGGCAUACAACUGCAGUGCCCACCAGCGCUGUGGAAAGCUUAGUGAAGUUGCGUAUCCUUUAAACAAAAAUUAUAUAUAUAUAUAGCAGAAUGAAAGAGAAACGGCGUAAAUGCACACACACUCACAUCACAAGAACGCACCGCAAAAAAAGCCACUCACACACACAAACAAUCACACAAAUCACAGCUCAGUUGCUUCAGCGUCUGUAUAAAGCGGUAAUAAUGCUCCAAAUACCAUGUAACGCUGUGCUCGCUCACUACUGUAGCGAAUGAGCGGUUGAAUGAGAAGGAGUGGGGCAAUAGUUUUGUGCUGUAAAUAUAGGGAAAGAGUAACAGAACGAAAACAGGAGCAGGAGAACACACGGUAGGGCAUAGAAUUGGCCGCCACCAACUGAAGC